AUGAAUAUAUUUAGGCUUGCAGGGGACAUGACACAUUUAGCCAGUAUCCUUGUUCUCCUCCUCAAGAUCCACACCAUCAAAUCUUGUGCAGGAGUUUCUUUGAAAACUCAGGAGCUUUACUUUCUGGUGUUCGCCACACGUUACUUGGAUCUUUUCACUCAUUUCAUUUCGUUGUACAACACGACCAUGAAAUUGAUAUACCUAGGAAGUGCGUUCUCUAUCAUUUGGUAUAUCAGGCACCACAAACUGGACUGGAGGUCGUACGACAAGGAUCAAGACACAUUCCCGCGAUCUUAUCUCAUUCUCCUCUCCUUCGCUUUAGCUGUCUUUGUACACGAGAAACUCACAUUCAAGGAGGUACACACGCUUUUAGAGCCAUUUGCCAUUUGUUAA